AUGACACUUGAUCUUUCUACACCGAGAUUCAAAAGGAUUGCUAUUAUUGGAGGUGGUCCAAGUGGAUUAGCUGCCGCAAAGGCGUUGGCUUUGGAGCCAGUGAAAUUCACGAAAAUCGAUGUAUUUGAGAGGAGAGAUAGACUAGGUGGGUUAUGGUACCACAAUGGAAACAAGGCUCUAGUUCACCCAGAAGUCCCAAGUACCGAUCCUGGUGCUGGGGAGAUAUUGGAUAAGAAUGCAACCAAAACAGACGAAUUUUUUUCGGCAAUUUAUCAAUUUAUGGAGACAAAUAUCAUUUACAGGUUGAUGCAGUAUGCUAAUGUGUCAUUUCUGAAAGAUGAAUUGGUGUAUCCUCAUCGCGAGCAAGUACUUGAGUAUAUUGACAAAUACGUCAAGAGUAUCCCAAAAAAAAAUGGCGUUACUUUUUACUUGGAUUCCAAUGUCAAUCUGAUUUCGAAAGUCAACAAUGCCUGGCAGGUACAAGUUGAAAAUGUUGGAUCCGAUGUGGUUUCUCAACACGAGUACGAUGCAGUAAUUGUAGCCAAUGGACAUUUCAACAACCCCUUUAUACCUCAAGUUUCGGGUUUAGCUGAAUGGAAUGAAAAAUUGCCAAAUACAAUUUUGCAUUCAAAAAAUUUCCAAACUCCCAAUGUGUUUAGAAACAAAAACGUAUUAGUCAUUGGCAACGCGGCUAGUGGUGUAGAUAUUUCCACCCAAAUAAGUACCGUUGCCAACAAAGUUUACGUUUCUGUGCGCGAUUUAAGCAAAUUGGACUUCAAAAACGAUCUUAUUGAGUAUAUUGGAUUAAUCAACGAAUACGAUUACAGAAACAGGUUGGUCACGACCAUUGACGAAAAGAUUGUAAAGGAUAUAGAUGUUAUUAUUUUUUGCACUGGUUACUUUUACAGUAUGCCAUUUUUGAAAUUGAACUCAAACUUGAACGUUUUGGAUGAAGAUGGACGGCAGGUGAAAGAUCUUUAUAAGCAGAUUUUCAACAUAGAUGAUCCAUCAAUAUCAUUUGUUGCUUUGUUGAAAAAUGUUGUUCCCAUGCCGAUUGCAGAAUCACAAUCUGCAUUAAUUGCUAGAUACUACAGUGGAAGAUACGAGUUGCCCAGUGCAAAAGAACGCCAGAUAGCUUACAAAGAAGAGAUAAAGAAAAAGGGACUGGGAUCUAGCUUUCAUGAUUUUCUGUAUCCUUUAGACGUGGAAUAUCGGCAACAUUUGCAAGAAUUGAUUGAUGAAAAAAAUAUAAGGGACCCAGGACUUGUAGCACCAAUAUGGGAUGCAAGUCUUAUUAAAGAUAGACUGGAAACCAAAAGUUGCAAAUCCAAAAGAUUGCAUCAGGUAGUUGAACACGUCAAGAGAUUAAGAUCUGAGGGUAAGGAUUUUGAAUUACCACAAUGA